AUGGCCAAUACAACAUGGGUAUCUGGGCACAAGAAUUUGUUUUCUCAGAAAACUCCUACGUGUCUUUUGCUGAAAUCUGAUCAAAGUUUUCAUUCGUUCGGGUACGAGGCUGAAGACACGUACACCGAUCUUGCCAAUGAAGAAAAACAUCAUUCAUGGUACUUCUUUCGGAGGUUCAAGAUGAUGUUACAUAAUAACAUGGCAGGUAUUAAGAGCCAGAAUUUGAGACUUGCACUUGAGCCGGAAUCGGCGGCGCUGUACUGCAGAAUGUUACCUCUAGAGAGACUCUCCACAGCAAGCUGUACAAAUCUCUCCAUGUUUCAACCCGGAACGCGCUUCAUGGUGCUGGAUUUAGGAGGAGGGACAGUUGAUGUAACAGUUCAAGAGGUUUUGUCUGAUUAUACUAUCAAGGAACUCCACAAAGCAAGUGGAGGGGCAUGGGGAGGGACCAAAAUUGACGAAGCGUUCAUCCAAAUGAUUAUAGGCAUAGUUGGAAGUCCGGUUAUGUCGAAUUUCAAAAAGAAUCAUCCCGCAGAUAACCUUGAACUCGUUCGGGAAUUUGAAACUAAAAAGCGAUCUGUGUCCACUAAUAUUAAAGAAAAAAUCACUUUUCGAAUCCCAGUAACCUUGGUGGAUAUUUUUGAGGAAGAAUAUGAUGAAGAUUUAAAAUCAACAAUAUCGCAGACGAGGCAUAAAGACAAGCUGAUGUGGACAGGAGACAAGCUGCGCAUGACCGGGGAAAUGGUUCAUGAAUUAUUUAAGCAUUGUUCUGAAAGUAUUGUUAAUCAUGUCAAGGAACUCCUUGCACAUCCGUUUUGCGACGGGGUAGAAAACAUAUUAAUGGUUGGUGGAUUUUCUGAAUGCAAGCUUCUUCAGGAAGCAAUUAAAAACAAUUUCAAGAAUAACAGAAUCAUUAUACCAGAGGAAGCUGGAUUGGCUAUUGUGAAGGGCGCUGUGCUCUUUGGACAUAAUCCUAAAACAAUUGUUUCAAGAAAGACAAAAUGGACUUAUGGUGUUCAGUCCAAUAGGAAUUUUGAAUCAGGCGAUCCCCCGGAGAAAAAAAUUAAAGUUGGGGGCAUUGAUAAAUGCAAAGAUAUCUUCAGUGUCCAUGUUGGUGUCAACGAAACAGUUGAAGUGGGAACGCCCCUUGAACCCCGUUGUUAUGUACCCUUACACAAAGACUCUGAUACUGUUGACAUCCCGAUUUACGUUUCAUCUGAAAGAUUUCCUAAAUAUACUACCGAUCAUACGUGUUCUUACGUAGGAAAAAUGUCGAUAGAUUUGGAGAAAUCCAACAAUGACAGGGAAAUUGAGGUUAAAAUGACCUUUGGUGGAACGGAGCUGAUAGUUGAAGCUAAGGACACGGUGUCAGGGAAACCUCGUGAGGCCAAGUUUAACUUCCUAGAAUCCAAUAACUAAAAACUCAACAAGACGUAUACUUGCUAACCAGCCUACAAUUAUGAUGGUUUUAUAUAUUGAAAUCCAUCGUAUAUUAUCUCUUUUAUUUUCAUUGAAAAUGACCGUCGAUUUUUUUUUUAUAUUUUAUCGCAGCUAAGUAAGUUAAUAUAGAUUCUUAAGCACCGUCUUUUGGAUGGCAUGUAAAUAUUCGAUCGUUUCUGUUUUAUAUUAUUAUGAAUUUAUUUUGUAUAAUUUUGCAUUUGUAUUUUACG